AUGAUCCUACCACUGAAAAAGGUUAUAGGGGGAGUGUUUGCACUGGCUUGUAUACAGAAGGCCAGAGGAAUGGCGGACAGAGACAUUCCAAAGAUAAAAGAGCACUGGGUGAAAAGAGUAGCCUGCAUGGAUAGAGAGAUCAAGAUGCGCAAUGCUUUUCUCAACGAGUUAGAGACUUCCAGAUGCGAAGAAAUAAAGGCCGAUACUCUCAAGAGUUUUAGUAAAGCCAUAAAUGUGCGAAGAGAAUGGCUGUCCAGCACAGAAAUAGAAUUGUCAGCUCUCAAUAAAACUGUAAAAGUUAUAGGAGAAAAAACAGACCAGUUCAUGUAUUUGGACAAGAACAAUAAAUUCAAACCGGUGACUCCUGAAAUGGAAAGCUUGGAUAAUGAAAUACUGGAUAUGCUUCCAGAUGCUCUCAAACAAAGCGAUGCAGUAGCUGAUAGAAUAAACAUAUUUGAUUAUAACAUGCUAGCGAUAAUUGGCGAAUACAAUAAAGCGAAGAAAAACCCCAGCGACUUAAAUGAUCUAGCUCUGUAUAGGCUAGCAAAGCACAAUAAGUCACUGGCUGUUAGCAUAAUAUAUUCUCUAUUUAGGAUAGUGUCAUAUAAAACAGAAGAAGAUGUAAAAGAUGCGCUGGCCAACAUGAACAGCAAAGCAAACACCUACCAGUUUGCCCUGGACUUCGCAGGAUACACAGAGGCGAUAAAGAACAGUGUGAAAGCAGACAAGAUAGACUUGUUUAAACUAGCUAACAAUCAUUUCCAUCUGCUGUUCAAAGCGUACAGAGUUAACGAAGACAUAAUGAAGAUCUAUCUAGAUCUAGCAGAAGAGAGCCUUUCUGAAGAAGGAAUAGCCCAGCACAUGGACAUUACCGUUGAGCAGAUUAUAAAAGUGCUAAUGAUAGAAUACGCAAUAGGUGGGCAUCUUACAGACUAUAGAAGGAACAAUCUGUUUCACAAUCUCGGAAAUAUAAUAGACAGAAUAGGAAAGCCAGCUGAUGGCAGCGCCAGCACCCCAGAAAACAUGGAAAAGGCAAGAGCAAAACAGAACGAGAUACUUGAUGCUCUUUAUGUUCUGUGGAACGAGACUGAUGGAAAGAACAUAGGCGCGCAAGAAAAAAAUAUUGAAUUUCUCUGCAAACAGAACGACAUCAGCAUGCUUGAGUUUGGCAAUAUGCAGAGGAGUUUUAUUUCUGUCAGAUGGAUGUAUAGGCGAAAUAGAUUGAGCCCGGAAUUGGACAGCUUAGCCAGUCAAGACAAAGCAUACAAAAAAGAGUUCUUUGACGUGUCUUACAUCCACCCCAUGUUCCAUAUGUACCUGCGAUGUGCGGAUGUUAGACAGUCAGCCGAUGCAGGCAUAACUUCUGAUCAAGAAGUCUUUAUAAGAAGAGAAUCAAAUACUGCUGUUGUUCUCAGACCACACGUAGUAAGUAAAAUGGAUAGCAAGUCAGAGCAGGUGAAGAACAUGAAAGACUGCAUCAGAGCAUGGUUCUUCUUGUGCAAGCUUGAGUUUUUCGUAAAAGACGAAGACCAUGAGAAAUAUUGCAGGAUAAUUCAAGAUUUUAGAAGAUACAUGAAUAAAUCACAGUAUAUAUUCUCUAAAGCAGAAAAGAGCGAAAAAAUCAGUAAAAUUGAGAAGAAUGAAAGAAACCCACUGCAAGAUGAGCAAAUGGAGAUCGAUGAAGACGGGUUUACACUAGUUAUUUAA